UCAAAGAGGAAAGUUUGCUUGGUAAUGCCCAGCAGAUAAGCUUGGCAAACCUCUGGCUGAUUGAGGAAGCCAGUUUCAGACUCAGCCUAGUUCAAGCAAACCACAGGCCCCUGCCAUUCUGGACCACUCGACACAAUGGUGUUCGCAUUUUGGAAGAUUUUUCUCAUUCUCAGCUGCCUUGCAGGUCAAGCUAGUGUGGUGCAAGUGACUAUCCCAGAAGGUUUCGUGAAUGUGAUGGUUGGAUCUAAUGUCACUCUCAUGUGUAUCUACACCUCCACUGUGGCCUCCCGGGACAAGCUUUCCAUCCAGUGGUCUUUCCUCCAUAAACAGGAAGUGGAACCAAUUUCUAUUUACUAUUCUGAAGGUGGAGAAUCUUCAGCCAUUGGGAAAUUCAAAGGUCGAAUUACAGGGUCCACCAAUCCAGAUAAUGCAUCUAUAACCAUAUCACAUAUGCAACCAGAAGACAGUGGAAUUUACAUCUGUGACGUUAACAACCCCCCAGACUUCUCCGGCAAAAACCAAGGCAUCAUCAACGUCACUGUGUUAGCCAAACCUUCUAAGCCUUUGUGUAGCCUCCAAGGAAGACCAGAAGCAGGCCAUACUAUCUCUCUUUCUUGCUUCUCCACAAUUGGAACACCAUCUCCUGCGUACUACUGGUAUAAACUUGAGGGAGGAAACAUUGUGCCAGUGAAAGAAGGCUUCAAUCCAGACACUGGGAUUUUGGUUAUUGGGAAUCUGACAAAUUUUGAAGAAGGGUAUUACCAAUGUACUGCUAUCAACAAACUUGGCAACAGUUCCUGUGAAAUUGAUCUAACCUCAUCAAAUCCAGAAGCUGGAAUCAUCAUCGGGUCCUUAGUUGGUAUCCUAGCAGGUGCUGGCAUCAUCAUUGCUGUGGUGUACUUUGCAAGAAACAAGACAAAGGAAAAGAAGAAGCGUUCUAAAACCAACACUGAGCUUGAACCAAUGACAAAAACAAGCCAAGCAAAAGAAAAUGAAGCAAUGCCAGCUGAAGAUACUAUCCAGCUAGAAGCAACGCUGCCAUCCUCCACUCAUGAGAAUGAGCCUGUUGGCAUGCUGGAGCCAGACCAUGAGCCUUUUCCACAACCAGAGCCUACCGCUACAGGAUCAGCACCUGUGCGGGUGCCUGAAAUUGAGAUUGAGCUGCAGCCACAGCCAGUGCAAGAAGUGGAGGUGGAACCAGAGCCUGAGGGUGUAGUUGAGCCCCAGUGUGAUGAGGAAAAGGGUGUGGUAAAGACAUAGGUUACACCUCUAAGUACAGCACUAAGGAACCCAUUACUAGUAUUUGAAGUUUAGUUCACCUAGCCAGUCCCCACCUCCUCGCAUCAUUCUGAUCAAACUCUUUUAAUGUAGUGCUCAUUCUUACCAUGAAUCCCAUUAAAUGGAUCAAGUUAACUGCUAAAUAAAUUCAAGGGUUCCAGCAUUAUCAAUGUGGAAUAUUUACAAUUGUACUAACACAUAAGCAUAACAAAUAAAAAGGCAAGUGCUUCCUAACUCAGAUGAAAGAGUUUUUUAAAAUUUUUAUUUAAAGAAAGACUAAACAAAACAGAAAAUGGGUAGAAAUAAUACAUACAUUCACAGAAAAAAUAAACAGUAAGAAAUCACUAGUUAAUGAUUACAGAUUGUGCUCUUACAAAUAGUUAUUCAAGAUACUAAAGUGGAGCAUAUAAAGGGUUUCAAACAGUGAGACUGCAACCAGUUCUGUUUAACUAUUCCACAAAAACUUAGAAAUAUGGUUAUCAAUCUUAUACACUUAAACAUACAUGCAGUUAUCCAUAUCUUCAAUUAUGUUGAAGUUGAACAAACCCAAGCAGACUAAUAUCACUCUGAACAAAGAAUAAUAGUAUUUCUGGGUUUCACAUUAUGACACUCCAGGAUCAGCACUGGGUAUUUUAGUGUCUCUAUUUCUUCAAAGUAUCUGUUCAUUUCAUCAUGUGUCAUAAGAUCAGUUCUCAUAAACUGUUUAUAAAUUCUACACAUGCAUGAGUCUUAACAUGUAUUUCUGUCCUUUCUAUAUUUUUAGAGGGAGAAACAAAACAAAGCAA